AUGAGUUUUAUUGACCUUGAUCGUUGUUUCCAACAUCUGAAUUUGAGAUUCACGCGCAUCGUUUAUGACACUUAUCUUUACAUCGACUUUUCGUCAAUACCAAAAAUUCAGUUUGAGAAUUACUUUGUGAAAUCAAACGUUUUGAACGACUAUUGUCGUCAAGUGCGUCUUGCAAAAUUGGGUGAUUGGGGACUGAAAUAUUUUCACAGGUCAAUUGACAUUGAAAAAUUCGUUCAUCUUCGAUCGAUAAAAUUGGAAUGUUUUGACGAAGAAACGUUCGAUGACUUUACUCAAAUAUUAUUGAAACUUUCACAUAUGAAAUGUUUAUCAUCUAUACAUAUUGAAUUUGCACCCGUUCUCGACUUACCAACUGAAACUUUGAAUGUGCUUAAAAGUUUACUUUCAUUGAGUAACUUAAAAACGUAUAUAUUAAAUAAUUGUCGUUGUCCAAUUAUUCCUGAAAAGAACGAGAAUAAAAGUAAUAUUGAAAAAUUGCGUCUUUGUUUAAGGUCACUAUCUGAUUUUUCAGUACUAAGUCAGUGUGUACCAAAAAUUAAAUCACUAUCAAUGAAUCUACGAUAUAAUGAUAACUUUCAAUCUUCUCGUUAUCCAGUCACUCUACAUGAAUUACCUUGGUUACAAACGUUAGAGAUACGUUUAAAAGAUACAUCAUUCGAUGAAUUCGAAGAGGUCUUAAAACAGUUAUCAAACCUUAAAAAGCUAUCGUUUACAUCAACAUCAAUUGAUUAUAUUAAUGGUCAACGUUGGCAACAUUUAUUAAGUUGUUUACCAGUAUUAAAAGUAUUUCGGUUCAAUGUUUAUUUGCAUGGUCUGAGUGAAUCAUUGAUAAAUCUUCAAGUAAUGUGUUCAUCAUUUCAAAACAAUUUUUGA